UUGAACCAUCUAGUCUGAAACAUCUGGAGGAGAUUUGAAUAGGAUAUCAUUUCAAGGUCACAGGCGGAUAAUUGCGAACUUUAUUAUGAUCGACCUAAAUACCAAUGGACAGGCUCUUUGUUCAGCAGUUAAUUAUGUUUUAGAUGGGAAAUGGUCUUGGGUAAUCUUUGGAUAUAUGGGACUAACCCAUACGCUAGACGUCAAAGAUCAAGGUCAAGAUUUGGAUCAGUUUCUGAAUAAUUUUUCUUCUGGAAAAGUUCUCUAUGGUUUCAUUCGUGUUGAAGUUGUAACUCCUGCGAAAUUUGUUUUGAUUGUGUGGCAAGGGGAGGCGUCAUCUGAAAGCUUUAAAUUGGCUUGUCCAAGACAUAUUGACUGUGUAAAACGGCUGUGUCGAACAGUUCAUGUUACGAUCAACGCAAGAAGUGAGGCAAAUUUGGAUUGGAAUGAAAUCGUUACUAAAAUUCAAAAUUUAACAGGAAGUGUUUCUCAGACUCAGCCGACCAAUUCUAAUAAUACGGAUGAUGAGUUUGUACCUACAGGUUCUGUUUAUGUACGUGCAAAUCCAAAUGAAGAUAUUCCAAAAGGUUGUGUAUCACGAAGUAUUUGGCAAUCACAACAGGAAAAGCAACAAGAUUCAUCAAAAUUAAGAUCUCCUAUCAAGGUAUCAAAACCCGUUGGUUUUGUUCGACCUAUUUGUGAACCAGAGAUAAAUAACAUUAAUGUACAGUCUGAAAAUCAAUCACAGAAUAUUGUGAAGCAUAUAGCACAAAACGAGGUGACUAAUACUAUUAAAAAUCGUAUAAAAGCUUUAGAAUCCAAGCUGCCGUCAAAUGAAACGACUUCAAAUUAUCGAAAAGUUGAUCCACGUGCAGAAAUUAUGCUUGCAAGACAACUGUCAUCAUCUGUAAAUAAUAAUGGAGAUGAGAAUGAAGAUGAUGAUACAAAUCAUGUGGGCACAUGUUAUAAGAAGCAAGACCCAAGAGCUGAAAUUUUGGAAGCUCGUGCAUGUAAACAACCUCAAGAGUCCAUAUUCAAUAACAGUGAACCUGUUGGUGCCAAUUAUAAACGACCAGAUGUUCAGUCGGAAAUUCGUUCUAUUAAGGCCGCGAACAAUUCAAAUACUUUAUCAUCAAAUAAAAAGUCCGAUGUUAUUAAUGAUUCAAGUAAUCGAGAUCUGUUAUAUCAAAAUGGUCAUUAUCAUCAACAAUCCCAACAACAAACAACGUCACCUCCUCUUUCUUUAUCACCAAUAGCACAUAUUUCAAAUAAUCAAAUUAAUUCUAACAUUGAGCAACAGUUAAAAAACGGUAACAAUGAUAACAAUAAUACUUAUCAUCAAAACUCAGUUUCACAACAAAAUUCAAUGUAUAAAUUAGUUUCACCAUGUAUUAAUUCAUCGCCUAACACGGAAGUACACAAUAAGACAAAAAAUAAUUCAAAUCUUAAAGCUGUCUGUCUAUAUGAUUAUAACGCUAAUGAAGAUGAUGAAUUAUCAUUUCGUGCCGAAGAACAUAUAUUUGACAUUGAACAAAUUGAUGAAGGUUGGUGGCUUGGUCGAAAUGCUGAUGGACAAUUUGGGUUGUUUCCAGCUAACUAUGUUAAAUUAAUGAUGUAAAAAGCUGAUAAAAAGCAGAACAUAUGAAUGUAGUUUCCUGAGAAAUUCGUUAAAACAAAUAGUAGAUAUGGUUGCACUUUUGUUUUCGUUUUGAAUGUAUUCAUGCGAGGCAAAAUGCAUACAGUUGUAUUCUUCUCAUAUCAAUUCAGAGUAUACAACACAGUUUGUUUAUUUUAUGGAGUUAUCAUUUAUACUACGAUCAGUAAUGUUACUUUGACUGUUAUCAUAUGACUGAUUUGUGAUGGUUUCUCAAUUCUUUUAACGAACAUCAAUGAAAGAUUGUUACAACGAAUACUAAAGUAAAAUGGAUCAUAGACAUACGUUUUUUUUAAAAUUUCCUUAUUGAAUUUAUUCCAUUACUAACUUUAUGUGAUUUUUCAUUGUUUAUUCCUUAUCUUCUAUGAACUAUUUGACUUGGUGAUCACCAUUUAGUUUAUGCACAACUUCAUUUCUAGGUAUAUUUCACUUGUGAAGAUUUUUAUAUGUUUAUAUUCAUAUAUAGUCACAAUUAUUUUGGCGUUUUUUUUGUUUCAUACUUUAAUCAUUCAUACUCACUAUAAGUAAAUCAUGAAUGGUUAAGAAACAAAACCACUAGUGUUUUUAUUAAGUAACAUUGAAGUUUAAAAAAAACGAAGUCACUUAUGGUAAUUUCAUUUGUUGCAUUGUUUUCUUUUUCAGCUUUUAUUUAAUUGUUAUUCACUAUUCACUUGUUUAUACGACUAUACUGUGAAAAAAAGGCUAAAAUGUUCCCUUCUUAGUUGCUAUACGUUUUUUUCUUGUUAUCUAAAUAUAUUUCUUUGUUGAUAUAAUGAUCUCAUUUAUUGAACAAUUUUUAAAUCAUAAAUAUCACCUACUCAGUAAAAGAUUGGAAUCUUACUAAUUGUUGUUUCAGUAACCUGUAUCUCUCUGCUUAUAUAUAUAUAUAUAUAGCUUUUUUAAUAAUACUGUAAUGCUUGGUUUUUGUUUGCUUUUUCUCAACAUUUCUACCAAUAUCAUUGUAAAUGAUAUGAUCCUGGUGUUUUUUUCUUUUUUUGUUGUUAUUGUUGUCAUCACGUUCUCUUAAUUAAUUGUAAUGUGAAUUGUUUUAAUUCUAUACUUAAUUUUAUGUGACUAAAUUAUAAAUAACAUUGUAUUAGUUUAAUUCUGAAACAAUUCUUCAAAUUUUGGUUAAAUGGACUAUUCACCAUUUAAAAAUUUAUGUAGGAUUGACAAAAAGAAAUAUUUGGUUUUUGUCGUGAACAAUAGGCUUUAAAUUUUUUAUGUCUUGUGGAUUGAGCGCUACUUGUUGUAUCUGACCGUCGCUAAUUGUUGUGUCAGAAACGCUUAUCACUUAUACUGGAAACCAGGGACCUCUGCAAUUCCCACGACGCGAAAGUAAGAACAUAAAGACUGGUAAAUAUUCAUAACAUCAAUUAUGUUUUAAGCAAAGAUGAAUAGUGGCUAGCAGUGGAAUCCAGGAUGCGCAUUUCGUUCUAUUUGGGACUUGUCAGCUGGAUGUACCGGCAUCUCAGAAUUGAUGUUCAUUCUGUGAAUUGAACCCAGUACCAUUCGCUUCAAACGCCAUCGAGUUAUCCACUUAGCUACUUAGUCCUGAUGGCCACUUGCUUGUGCAAUGGAGUGAAGUUUUUAAAUUCACUUUACUUAAAUUUAUUGAUGUUUAGGACUGCAAUUGAUCGGUCUUUUAUUGCUUUACUUAACUUGGUAUUUUGGUACGUUGUUACCAAUUCCCCCCCCUCCCAUAAAUAUUUGUCAACGUAGAAUUCGUUUAAUUGUUGUUCAUAGUUUAAUACACACAUAUCCGUCAAUAUUAAUUGUAAUCAUCCAAU